UUGAUGUCAGAUAUAUGUACUAAUAUGAGGCGAUGAACAUUCAAAAACAGGAAGUCAGUGAAUCGAUGGGUUUUUUUUUUAGCAUUAAAAUCGAUUCUUAAAUUGAUAACAGUUGAUUGGCACCACUUCAUAAUUAGUCUUCUUCCUCAUAAUGAAAACUUUCGAUGUCACCUGGUUCGCCGCCAUUGUCUUGUUGCACACAGGACCAGUUCUUCCUCAGUUAUUCAACCUUCAGAAUAGCGGCCAAGGGUUAUCCCCAAAUGGACGGCUGGACAUCUCUCAAUUCAUUUUACCAGUGGUCAUCCUAUUGAUACUGGCCUCCUUGCCUCUACUUGUGGGCAGUUCCUGGAUUUUCUUGAGGGAUAUGGACGACGAAGACAACAACGAAAACAAACAACCGGACUAUACAACAGAGACAUCAAUAACAGAGGGGAGGAUACCAAGAAUAACCAAUUCACCUUCAGGGGAUAAGGUCACAGAAGAACCCGUAGACCCCACGCCGGCCUAAAAAUUGUGGUUGAUAUAAAGCUGACUUGCAAUGGAUUAUGAAUGAAUAUGUUGAAAAAAAAGUUCUCGUUUUCAUUUCUUCAGCGCUAUUCCCAAUUACAUAUCGGACAUGUAAAGGUUAAAUGAAUUA